ACGCAGCGUACAUUCUCAAGCACGGCAGCAGCGAUUUCAAGCGACAUAUAGGGAAGUCGGCUUUUCUAACAAUAUCCUGAGUGCAUGAUUAUGCAUAUCGGAUGCGCAAACCUCUGUUGCGUUAUGUUAUGGUGUUGCAUCUUCAAGAAUUUGCUGACCGGAGGGAUCAUUGGGCCUUAUACUUUGCGGGGUGAACAGAUCAAGCGUUGGAUAGACCCGGCAGUCAAUUUUGAAAGCAAACAUCUCAUGUGGCUAGAUCAGUCGCUGGCGAAUGCAGGCUUUGCGCCUCAGCAGCCUUGUGACAUGCCCUCCGCAAGGGCGGCUUACGUGGGCAUUGAGCACUGCCCAAUCGCGAACUCCUGCCAUAAAAGAGUAGUUAUAUCAGAGGGGAGUCGUUGACUAAAGGCACUAUUUCGAACAGAAAUAUGACACGCCCCUAGCUAAUGG